UUUAAAGGGAUAUGCUUUUAGGGUUCCAAAUGUUCCCAUAUUUUACUAUUAAGUAGGCGUCUCACCUGUUUCACUUACUGCGGACUUACAUCGUAUUUAUGUUUUGUGUUAUUUUUCUCUUUUGGAAAAUAUUCCGGAAGCGAAGCCCUGAGUAAUCGGAAGUGAUUAGAAGUGAGAGAGCAGCUUGGAGUUGGGGCUGCCUGGAUGUGUCGGCUUCCGAAUGGGAGAGGAGUGUGCGGAGAAGUUAUCCGAUGAUACCCAGCCGGAUAAUCUGUGACGUGAAAUCGGGAGAGGAAGAAUCUUAGAGAUUUAUUCAGUAGAAGCCUUGCAGUGUAUUGUCACUGGUUAAGAGAAAAAAAAAUGACUACUCUUGGAAGUUUAGAAACCAAAGCCACCCUUACUUCAACCCCAAUCCGAGGAGCAGGAGAUGGAAUGGAAACUGAGGAGCCACCUAAAUCUGUUGAAGUCACCUCUGGAGCCCAAUCUGUAAAGCCUCACCACCUUCAGAGUCCACGGAAGAAAGCACUUCCAUUAGAUAGCCCAGGAGUUCUUCAGCUAGAGAAGAUUCUUGCUGAAAAAGCAGUGGAAGUUGAAGCUAUUAGAAUAUUAGUUCCCAAAGCUGCUAUAUCCCAUGAUCUUCCCAACAAAAAUGCAAAAUCCCUGGGACACCAUAAAGGAGAAAUCCUUGGUCAGUUAGAAGGAGUUGUAGAACCAAGAAAGGAACUAUCAGAGGUAAAGAAUAUAUUGGAAAAGCUCAAGAACUCUGAAAGGAGGUUACUACAAGACAAAGAAGGUCUUUCAAACCAGCUGCGAGUACAGACAGAGGUAAACCGUGAGUUAAAAAAGUUGCUGGUGGCUUCUGUUGGAGAUGAUCUUCAGUACCACUUUGAACGUCUAGCCCGAGAGAAAAAUCAACUUAUUUUAGAAAAUGAAGCCCUAGGUCGAAACACAGCUCAGCUUUCUGAACAGUUAGAACGUAUGUCAAUACAGUGUGAUGUAUGGCGAAGUAAAUUCCUUGCAAGCAGGGUCAUGGCAGAUGAAUUAACCAACUCCAGAGCAGUUUUACAGCGUCAAAACCGUGAUGCACAGAUUGCUAUACAAGAUCUCCUAAGUGAACGGGAACAUUUUCGUCAGGAAAUGAUAGCUACCAAGAAAUUAUUGGAGGAACUCUUGGUCUCUUUGCAGUGGGGAAGAGAGCAGACUUACUAUCCUAGCGCACAACCUCACAGCACAGCAGAGCUAGCGUUAACAAAUCACAAACUGGCAAAAGCUGUGAAUUCUCAUCUUCUGGGAAAUGUUGGCACUAAUAGUCAAAAAAAGAUUCCAUCCACAGUUGAAUUCUGCAAUACCCCCGCUGAAAAAAUGGCUGAAACGAUUCUACACAUUUUGGAUCCAGUUACCUGUACAGAAAGAUCACCUGAUAGUCCAUUUUCCGGGUCUUCACCAUCCAUCUUACUUGCUACAAAGAAAAAUAUUGGACGAUUUCAUCCCUAUACUAGAUAUGAAAAUAUAACUUUCAAUUGCUGCAAUCACUGCCAGGGAGAACUUAUUGUCCUUUAACAGUCAGUGUGUUAGAGGCAUGCUACAGGCAUUCACUUAUAACCUAAGAGUUAUUAUUAUUUGGCAGCUGGGAUUCUUAUAGUGCUGGAAGGUAAUACCACUUUCUAUUUAAAUAAUACAUUUGCCCAAAGAUGUUUCAUGUACUGGACUACAGAUUACCCUUUCUUAAUAAAUAACUCAGGGUAAGAAGAGUAUGAAACUUCGUAAAUAUAUUUAGACUAGUGAAUACUUUCCAGGCAAUAUGCUAUGCUUUUCCUAAAGGACUCUAAAAGAUAAAGAUUCUAUACCUUUCCCUUAGACUCUAAAUUAUUAUUUAUCUUGCUGGAUAUUUUGUAUGAACAGGUUUAAUUUUGGAGCUCUAAGCAGGGAUCAGCAAACUAUGGCCUUGGAUCAAAUCUGGCCACAUCCAUUCAUUUACUAUUAUCUGUGACUGCUUUUGUGCUACAGUAGCAGAGUUGACUAGAUGCAACAGAACUUGUAUGGCCUGCAAAGCCUAAAAUAUUUACUAUCUGGCCCUUUACAGAAAAGGUUUUCUGACUCCUUCUCUAAAGUAAUAGUUGCGGGGGUGGGUUUCCUUUCCCUUUUUGGUGAUUUUUGGGGGUAAUACUAGGGGAAAAGAGACAUCUUUUAAAAAUAAAUGCUAUCUAUUAGAAAAACAAAAAAUAUUUUAUGAACAAAUUAGCAAGUGCUUCAGCAAAACAUGUUCUCAUGUUAAUUUUGUGUCUUGGGAUUCCAUAUUCCAAAUAGGCACAACCUGCCAUAAGUUGAAGUAGAUUCUAACUAUUCAGCUCAUUUUACCAAAUGCAAAAUACAAUAGAAAUACCAAACUUGAUUUUUUAAAAAUAUGGUGGAGAGGUAGGAUCUUUCUAGAAAGUGUGCAAUUUCAAAGAAAAAAAUGCAAUCUAUAAAUUAAUAUAAAUUACAAAUUUAUAUUUAUUUAGGAUGAACCAUAUACAAUUCCUGUUUAUAUGCCUUUAAAAAUAUCCCCAAAAUCAGUUUACCAGAUCACUCUAAUUGAUUGCAGAAGUGCUUAUCAGUAGAGAAAUCGUCAAAAGACAAGUCCAGACAAGUCAUAUGUUUUAUUGUCAACUUAAUGAUUCUUUUUUUGGUUGAUUCAUCUGGGAUAUAUGUAUAAGCUUUAAGUGGCAAUAAAUUUCUCCACCUUCUUUAUUGUGAAUUCCCCCUCUCCCUCCAACCCCCCAAAAUGAUGUGCUUUGGUAUACUACUUACAAUUGAUCCUUCAGCCUUUACCUUUAGGUAUCCUUAGUUUCCUAUCUGAUGACUGAUUAUAUUUGCUUAUGUUAAAUAUGUCUUUUGAAAAUAGGGCUAUUAAAACAAUACAUUAUAGUAAAAAUGACAUUAUAAACAGUCUUAUGGAAAAAAUAGUCACUUUCUAGUAUUAUAAAAUCAAGUUUUUACCUAUGGCAUCUCAGUUUUGGUUUGUACCUUUAAAUUUGAUAAGCAAUUUAUAAAUAUUUUAAUUUAAAUAAGAUAAUGAGCAUAAAAUGCUUAGCACAGUCCUGGCACACAAGUAAGGUUUCAAUAAAUGUUGCCUACUAUUAUUACUGUACCGAAUAUACUAUCUUGAGAAUGGAUCCUUGAAAAUUAAAAAAUCAAGUAUAAAGCUAAAA